AAUUUUUGCUCUUCAUUUGCAGUCAGAUUCUGAGUGCAUCAUCUUCCAGCUGGUGAAUGGUAUCUAAAGUCUUCCUGAGGUCUUGGUCCCAUGUAUCUAAAAUGAUGUCGGGGGCACGAACAUACCAACUCAAACCGAGUCGUCUUGGUGUAGAGGUAUUCGGUAUCGAUCUUGCUCAACAACAACCUCAGGGUGUGAUUGACCAAAUAAAAGAGGAUGUGACGCAACACAGGCUUAUGAUCUUCAGGAACCAGAGCCCUAUCUCCGGGGACCGUCACGUGGAGAUCAGUCUCUGGUUUGGGGAGCUCGAGUCCACCUUCUACAAGCAUCCCAAGUCGCCCCACCCCGACGUGUUCAGGGUCUCCAACGUGGAGAGCGAGGGAUGCAGGGGGGUGGGGCGGACAGGGUGGCACAUUGAUGGGAGCUUCCAGCCGGCCCCCUUCAACUACUCACUCUACUACAUGCAUGUGGUCCCCAAGGAAGGCGAUACAGUAUUUGCCCCUCUGAAUGAGAUUAUCGAAGGUCUUUCUGAGGACCAGCAAGCUAAAUGGGAUAAGCUGUACAUGAUGAGUGAUAGACGGGGCAGCUUGGUCCAUCCGCUCGUCUACUCUCAUCCUCGGACAGGUAAAAAGGUGAGUACCAGUAACCUUAAAGGGGAAGUGUACCCUGAUAUUAAGUUGGUUUUUAUAAAAGCAAAAAAAUGAGAAUACAAAUUAGUGAAAGUUUGAGGAAUAUGCGAUUAAAAAAAGGAGCGUUUUGAAUUUUUGAAUUUAUCUAAUAGGUUCUGGAAGAUAUUAAGUACCUGCUGCUCCAAGAGGUGGGUGCUGAGUAGCAUCGCUUUAUGCCUAUCUGAGAAUAGAUGAGUUAUAAGAUGGAAGGAGAAGUUCCCUGGACCUGUUUACAUACAAUCCCAGAGUACAGAAGUGUGACAUCAUACUGGCCAGUGGCCAUGUUGUCAAGGUUGCUGGUUCCAAACAAUUUUGUGCUGAACAAUGGUGUGGUGAUCACACCAUUGCCAAAUACUGAAAUUGCCCUGCUCCAGCCCGUUGCUUGAAUGAUGUUGCGGUGAACCUCAUGCAUGAACUCUGAUGUUUGGAACCAGUUACCUAGAUGACGAGCGAAUAUGACGUCAUCAUUUCAGUUUCGUUUGUUAUAAAGCUAGAUGAUAAUUUUUCAAGUCAACCCUAUCAAUUCACACAUACUCUCACAAUGCUUGGACAGAAUUAAGUACCACUGGAUGCGUAAAUUCCACUGCAAGGUAUAUAUGUCCACUAAAACGGAAAUUUAUUUUGUAUCUGUGUUUUAUCUUGAUGGGUCAAGAACUAUUCCCAUUGCUGGGAUUCCUUAGUUCCUAAAUGCUUUAGAUGUUUA